UGACAAUUGGCAAAAUACGAAUUGAAAAUAGACUGCUCUACUUUUUACAAGCUUUUAUUUUUAUUUUAAACUAAACACAAUAUCUUUGGUGCUAAUAUUUAAUUCACAACUAUUUAUUAUUUAAAGAAGGUUCGUCUGAUUCCAUUAGCGAAAAAUAAGUUAUUAUAAAAAUGGCUGAGAUUGAAGAAAAAGUUGUCAUGACUCCUAAAAGUAAAACACCUACAUCAACUACACUAAUUGUGGAGAGAAAGGUUGUAGAACCAGAACCCAGUGACAAAAUACAUGUAGCAGGUGGAGACCAUACAGGCAUCAUUAUAAAUAAGGAAAAAGUUUAUGAAAAUGGUGUAACAGAACCAUGUCAUGCACAAUUGGAGUUCUGUGUAUAUUUAGUGUCUUCUGUAGAUGGCACACACACCAGAGAGGCUCGGGCUUUGCGUUUCUGGUUCAAACCGGAAGUUUCAUUGUACGAAUGCCCACAUGAAGCUCAGGCAUUUUUUAGAGAACUCGUCAGUCCCCAGAACUUUCCUAAAGAUUAUGUUGGGUUCAUCAAGAAAAUAAUAAAAUUAAUGCAGAACAAGUAUCACCAAUUAAAAGUGCUAGAAGUGGAGCUCAGACAAGAAGGAAGUGGAUUACCACCACCAGAGGCAAACGGUGUGAUAACGAGUAAGGAUAUUAUAAACAAAUAUUCUAAUGGUACUUUCAUGGAAGACAGUUUUGCACAACAAACUCGGUUUUCUGAACAGAGAGUGCUAGAUAUGAUUGAAAACGCUUAUCCAAAUCCAUUGAGCGUUGAUGAUUUUGUAAAUGCCGAAAAAUGGUCAAAAGCAGAAGUAAAGGAUGCUUUAGAGUCGUUAGAAGAGAAGGGCCUCACUCGUCCUCUGUCAGAUGGCUUAUAUAUUCGUCAACACAGUGUUGAUACUCAGGUUGUGAAACAAAUGCCUACGUUAAGUUCAGGCCGACAACCAACAAUUGCAGUUGUCACAGCAUUGUAUUGUGAAAAGCAAGCUGUUGAUGCUAUGAUGGAUAACCAAGAAACAUAUGUUCGGUAUACAACUGUUGGUGAAUCAAAUGUGUACACCCUGGGUACGAUAGGUGCGCAUCGUGUGGUCACGACCAAGUUGCCCUCUGUGGGCCGCACUAGAGAGGCCAUGACCGCAGCCGGUAACACUACUACGAGAUUACUCGGUAUCUUCCAAAAGGUGGAAUAUGUGUUUUUGGUGGGAGUCGGUGGAGGGGUGCCACAUUACACCGAUUAUAAGAAACACGUGCGUCUCGGCGAUGUGGUUGUGUCCACGCCGGCCGCGGAUCUGCCUGAUAAAUACGUCUACGUGUUCUGCGAAAAGGCUGAACGAAAUGAAAAGGGUGGCUGGGACUAUGAGGUGAAGCCGUACAAGCCAAUGAACUUUUUGCUGCAAGACAUUGCCCUUAAAGUUGCUAAUUCUAACGGGUUGUGGACAUCAUACGUACAAGAUGGUCUCGCUCGUCUAAAGGGUGUGCCCGGGCGGUGGGAUGCGCCGGAGCAGGGCACGGACCGGCUGUGCGUGGACGUGGGCGACGGCGCCUUCAUCGAAGUGUCUCACCCAGCACCCUCCGGCGAUCACAUCCGCGGCGGGCGCGUGCACUGCGCGCCGGUGGCGGGCGGGCGCGCGGUGGCGGGCGCGGGCGAGGCGCGCGCGGCCUUCGCGGCGCACGCGCGGGCGCUCGCAUACGACUGCGAGCUCGACGCCGUGCUCGACAGCGUCGUCGGCAACAGGAAGGACUGCUUCGUCUCCAUUAGAGGUAUAUCUGAUUAUCGCGAUGGUACCCGCGGUAAAGAAUGGCAACCUCACGCAGCUUUGACGGCUGCGGCUGUCAUGAAAACAAUCAUCGCCGCUAUGGACCCGCCCACAGAUUAAAAAUGAGAAUGCAACCAUUUUAAUAACAUAGCAUCAAUCCAUCGUUCUGCCUUUAUAUAUCAUAGAUAUUUCAUUAGAUUUCUUAGUACAUAUACACUUUAUUGAGAGUAGAUUUAGUAAUCUCCAUUUUGUAGCACUAGCAUGUCCUAUGAGACUAACAUAGAAACAACGUAGAAGAUUGAAAAUCUUUUAUGUACGAUAUUUAUCAUAGAAGGUUACAGGUUGACUUGCCUUAUCUUUUACCAAUUUGUUAUAUUAUAGAGUUGAUAAUAGUUUAUACACAUUUUUGAAUUUAUACACCUAAAAUAUGUUGUUGUCUCCCCUUUGAUAUUUAUAAUGUUGAGAACAUUAAUUAUUGUUAUAGGUGUCCUGUAAAGUUGACUAUUUAUUCUAUAAACAGGGCUCAAAAUAAAGAGGAGAUCUUAGGUCCCGCAAUUUUUUCUUGCAUUCCGUUUUAAGCAAUGUUAUGCGACUACAUUUUUAUUAGUAAACUUACGGGCUUUCCUGCUACUACUAUAAUUAUUAUUUCUCUAAGUAUUUGCACUGUUUUUGUAUUAACACAUUGCCAGAUGUUAGAGCUAAUCUUAGAAUUUGUCUAGAAUUUUAUAUGUUCACUGCCAUUACGGCCUAUUUAUUAUUUAUAAGAUAAUAUUACAUAAUAUGUUGACCAAUUCGUUGUGAAAUAUAUUCUAAAACCAAAGUAGAUUUUUGGCUGUUUAUAACAGGUCUAGUCACCUGAAAUGUUUUAUUUACAACUAUUUAAGUGAUUGUGUUAAUCACACGAAACACAUUCUUUUUACAUUUUUAGAAUUAAUAUAUUUAUACAAUGUAGAAACGAAUAGAAUUUUUGUACUCCAGCAGUAGUAUGCAACUUAUUUCCAUUUUUUGACGUAAAGUGUUUGUAUUAUAUUAUUUGCCAUAACCGAAUUGAAGGUUUUGUAAUUUUUGUUUGUGUUUGUCUUGAUUGAAACUAUUUGUAUAUUAGAUUAUGUUUGACAUUACUGUGUCUGUGUUUCUCUCUUAUUUAUUUGCACAAAUAAAGGAUCUAAAAAAG